UUGAGACGACCAUCACUGCUCCAGGAAAAGUUCUGCAGAAAUCAGAGGCAGUGAGACCAGGGCCCAGGACCGGCUCCCUCUUCCUGGGAUAAGACCUUCGAGCUGACCUGGCCCCUUCGACUCCCCUGGAGAGGCCAUGGGGGUGAGAGCAGAGCUGCGCUUGCACCUCCAUUCUUAGGGCUGCCUCCAGCCACUUCCCAGCCCAUGCUGCCUCCUCAGUCCGCAGAUCUGAAGAGAAGAAGCUAGAAGAGGUCCAGCCACCAGCAUCUCAAAGAGAGAAAGAGGGAAAGCCAAGUGGACUUCGUUUCUAGACUGAGAUGGAUGCAGAGGCCCCCACUGUGCCUGGAGGACAAAAGGUCACCAACCAGAGGGCAGGAUGGGAAAUGCUGGUGGUCCUCAUACUGUGCCUGCUGCAAGCUGCCAACGCGCUGAAGGGCCCGAGGCUGGUGUCUGGGGACCCUGGGGGCGCUGUCACCAUCCAGUGUCAUUACACCCCCACAUCCAUCAACAGGCACCAGCGGAAGUACUGGUGCCGCCUCAGCCCCCUGACGUGGCUCUGCCACACCAUCGUGUCCACCAACCACUACACGCACGCUCACUACGGUGGCCGUGUGGCUCUGGCAGACUUCCCGCACAGCGGCUUGUUUGUGGUGAGGCUGACCCAGCUGUCCCCGGAAGAUGUGGGGUCCUACCGCUGUGGUAUCGGAAACGGGAACAAUAUGAUGUUCUUGAGCAUGAACCUGGCCAUCUCUGCAGGUAUGGGCCCUCCCAGCCCCAGUCCCAGAGCGACAUCAGCUGCCAGUGAGCUCAUCAGGAGAUUCUUCAGAACAGCCUCUCCAGCGGCCAACAAAUGGGCCCCAGGAAUCACCCAGACUAUAGAAAGGCAGGGGAUAGAAUGGGACAGAGUUGCUCUGACUCCAGAAACCAGCAAAACAACAGCUUCAGCUAAGGGAAUGCAAACACCAGGAACCCCUGGGUUGGUGGCUGCAGGGACAGUUAGCCAGGUAGAAAGUUCCAGCUGGGCCACCAUCCCUGUUCCGGAGAGUCCAGCUUCAGCAGUUGGAGGGAUGCCCGAUACAGCAGAACAUGAUUGGCUGUGGGGCACCGGGAGCUCAGCAACAAACAGAGCUGGGGCCAAAGAGAAGGGGAGAGAGAUAACCACUGAGGCCAAUAGGCCAAGAGAGGAAGCAGAAAGGGUCAGAAUAGCCCUGGCUACAGACUGGACAGCCAUAAAGACCAUCAGGCAAUCAACACUGGCCUCAGAAAAAUGGGUGUGGGAAACCCACCAAGAAGCAAGCUUGGUUUCUACGCCACAAGCCCUGGGCUCCAUUGAAGGAACUACUGGAGCUGCAGGUGUGUGGGCCUUGGGGCCCAGCAGCACAGAGAUGUCAUCUGCCGAAGGGAGUACUGAAGGGGACCUAGACAUGCCUGCCGGAGGCAGUGGUCCCCAAACAGCACCAAGCCAGGACCUGGUAGCAGGACCCCUAAGGCCUCGAGGGAAGGGGUCCUCCAUGAAGAGUGCUUCUCCAGAAGAGAAAAACAUCUCUCGGAUGCUGACUUCUGUCUCCGCGGUGCUGUGCCCACUUGCGCUUGUGGCUCUUUUUCUAUUGCAAAGGAAGCUGUGGAGAAAGAGGACUUCUCAGGAGACAGAAAAAGCAAGAGUCACCUUGAUUCAGAUGACACAUUUGCUGGAGCUGAGCCUCCAGCCAGAUCAGCUGCCCCAUGUGGAAAGGAAGAUACUCCAAGAGGAUUCUUCUCCUGCCCAUGCCACCAUGAUGGUCCCAGAGAGGGACCCUGGACCCUGAGGAAUGGAAGGAUAAGCUUCUUGAUCACCAUGGAGGGAGAACCAGGAUCAAACACCAUGACCCCUUCUCAUCCUUCCUUCACCAGUACAAAAGGAAGUGAAUGGAGCUGGCCUUCCAUUGGGAAAACAAAGGCUGAGACCUAUAAAGGUCACAAAUUGGCCACAGUCAAAGAUGACAGUAUGACU